AUGGUGAAGCAAUUGCCCUCAGACUCGGCUUUGUGGCAGGAGUUCCGGAAGCGCCAGCAGCCCCUGCCUCCUCCUUCUCGCACCUGGUUCCGAACCCCCGCCCCAGCUUUCAAGCGCCCCCGGCCCCCGCUCGAGAUUCUCACCAUCUCCCCGCGCCGCAGCUCUCUCGGCUACGCGGGUUUCCCCCACUCGCUCCUCUCCAGCCUCCCCUUCCGGGUUCCCGCCCCGAAGCCCCCUGGGAAUUGGAGUCCGAGCGGCCACGGACUACACCUCCCAGAAGGCAGCAUGAUCCCGCUUGGAGGCCUCGCGCAGGAGCCUCGAGCCAAGGGGAUUCGCGCCCACCCCACGCCGGGAUGUCCUCACCAAAACCAGCUCUCGGCCCAAACCCGGAGGCAGAGGAAAAACCACACCAGCAAACUGCAUGAGCUGGCAUUGCUGCUGCCUGUAGCCCUGAAGACGGGUAUUAAGAAGCUCACCAAGAAGGAGAUUCUGCUGCAUGUCCUGCAUUACAUUCAGUACCUCCAGAGAAGCAUCGAUGUGGCCAAGGCCUUGCUCAAAUUCCACACCACCAAUGGAGAAGGCGGACGUGGGGGCUGUGCAGGUCGGAACUCGGCCUCAGGCCCAAUGCGGGGGCGACACUCCACCCCUUCAAGCUCCCCACACUCUCGGAAGUCCCGUCUUCAGGGAGCCUGCCGGAAACCCCGGAAGAAGAAACUGACAGGGUUUUCAGAACGCCAGACCCGGGCCCAGAACCCUCGCCGCUCUCUGGCCCUGGACAAGCCCAAGAAAUGGAUGACCCUAUCUCCAGAGCAGCAAGGAAGAAAUGCGGUGGGGACUGCCACCCCUUCAAGAUGUGCCAGCUCCUGCUGUCACCCCAAAAUUGCAUCAUCCCUGCCUCAAGGUGACAGAAAGGGAGGACAGCUGACGUUGCUGGACAUGGCUGAGAACAGUAUCCACUGUGACUUCUCAGGCUGCUGUUGCAGAAUCGGUGGCCCGGGUGAUGGCCUCUAUUGUGCCUUCAAGGCCCAGCAAGGGGCCGAGAGGAUCCAUUUUCUCAACAGGACCCAGCCCCAUCCCAGGCAGAAGCUGGUGUUCUAUGAUUCCAGUGAGGAGCUGGACAAGGACUCCCCAGAUGCUGACCCUUGGCUUCCUGCCUGGACCCCGGAGGGCAGCCCCCAUGGGAGCCUGCUGGACUUGGGGCCUCCCCAGAUUGCCAACUGGAGUGUGACAGGCCACCCAAGCGAGAUCCUAGGGUUCAGCCCAUCCCUCUUCAGCUCCCCAGGAAAACUGCCGCCAGAACAGAUCCUGGAGGAUGGCACCGAGUUCCUGACCCAAGUGAGUGAGGAUGUGAAGGGAUGUCUUGGUCUCGCCUCACACCCCCUGGCUUUCUCUGUUGCCCCCCCUCCACUGCAGGAGAUGCCCUCGGAGGCCCCCGAAGAUGCCCCCGACCCCCAUGGCCUGUGCCAGUCCUCAGUGUCGCUAGACCACUGCUACCUGUCACUGAGUGAGAACAGCAAGGUGCCAUCCAGCUCCAGCUCUGAAGACACUGACACUGAGUUGGGGUGGAAGCAGCAGGAGGACACUCAGGCCGACCCCGAGGGCCUGCCGUCCUCCAGUGACGAAGACGGAGACUGCACGUGGACCCCCACCCGGCGGACCACAAUCCUGCCCACGGCUGGGAGGAAGGCCAAGAAGGGCCGUGCAGGCAGGGGCCCGACGAAGCCCAAGGAAAACAAGAAAGCCCCCUGCCCACCCCAGAUGAAGAAAAAGUGUGUCAAUGGCUUCAUCAUGUUCUGCAGGAUGAACCGGAAGCAGUACAUCCGAGCCUGUCCUGGGACCGCAUCCACGGCUGCCACCAAGGAGCUGGCCCAGCUCUGGCGGGUGAUGACCCAGCAGGAGCGGAGACCAUACUGCAUCAAAGCUCGCAGGUUCAGCCUCCAGCACAACCGGAUCGUGAAGCAGGACAGCUCCAGCAGUGAGGACGAGGACUGGGGGACCCCCAAGCCCUUCUACCAGCUGCUGGCCGAGAAGGCCCGCCGGUCCCCAGACCUGGCCUCUCAGCUGCCCCCUCAACACUACUGA